AGGUCACACAGGGCUGGAUGAAGCGCAUUUCCAACAGGGGAGCUACGGAGCCGCCUUUCCUGCCAGGGUAGGGCCACGUGUUACCACCGCCAGGCAUGGACUGGGUCCUGCCCUCGGACCAGCCCUCGCCCCGGGGCGGGGGCGGGGGCGGGGGCGGGGGCGGGCCUGGGCGCCCCCGGCCCGCGGGCGCUGCAGAGGCUGCAGUGACCAGCAGGCGGUGCAGUGAGCGCGCCCGCAGCCACCGCCGCCAGCCAGGCCCAGCGACGAGGAGAAAGGAGGGGACCGGAAGGAGCCGCUGGUGCUGCGGGAAGUGGCAAGAGCGGGAGGCGGGGACCCACCUGGAAGCGCCGCGGCCCCGCUGUCGAGCUUCCUGCGCGGCGGCGGCGGCGGCGGCGGCGCGGCGACGGCCACCCGGGCAAGUGCAGUGGCGGGGGUGGAGAGCGGCCACGGCGGCGGCCCCUCCCCGAGUGGCCCGCGGAGACCGGCUCCGCGAGGAAGCUCACAGGUUAUCCACAGAAUUGGCCAUUGGAGUUAGGCACACUGACAAGCUGAACUGUCUGUCAUCUAAUUUCAAGGGAGAAGGAAGAAGAGCUAUUAAAAAAGAAGAUGGAACUAUAGAAGUUAAUAGUAUUUUAAAGCUAUUACCUGGAGACAUACAGUCAUAAAAUAAUUAAUUUCUGAAUGAGUCCUAUAUUGUAGAGAUGUAUAUAGUACAUGAUGGUCUUAGUGAUGACAUAAAUCAUAUAUAAACUUUUAUUUCAUAUAUUGUGUUUAAGGAAAUAAAUUGAUGUCUAUUAAAAAGAUUGUUAUAAGAGUAACUUUUUUCAGAGCUUUGUUAAUGCACUUUAGUUUUCUAGAAAAUUCAUACAACUCAUAUGAUACCAAAUAAAAAUGGUACUGUUAUGUAUGGAAUUUCCUUUGUUUAAUUUUAUUGCCUUUGUCUAUUUCCUUAGUUAAUAUCAAGGGAUUAUCUUUCAAAUAAGGUUCAUUCUACUUAAUAUUUGAUACUAAUAGUGAUUUACCAAUUGUCUAAAGAACAUUUGUUGAAGGAAUUUUCAAAACAGAUGAUUAGAAUUAGUAAAUGUUCUUUCUGCAUUAUUCAGUUAUAUAGUUUUGAGCCCUUAUAUUGAGUCUUUGUCCUCAGCAUACUGACUGUCCCAAGAUGAGAAAUGUUUCAUAUUGUUGAUUUGCUUGCUUUCUUAAUUUCUUUUAAUACGUUAAGUUAAACCUCAUGCCUCAUGGUAGAAUGAUGGUAGGUAGUGUUUGAUUUAGCUAUAAAGGGUGUGUAUUUUAAUCAUUUUAAUGGCUGGUUUGAGAAUUUUAUUUUAUUUUUAAUUUUUAAUUUAUUUUUUUGAGAAUUUUAAAUAAUGGGAAAUAAUAUAGCUGUAUUAACAUUUUGAUAGGCUUCUUCCAGUAUUUCAAAUAUAUAUGUUUUACAUUAUUAUAGCUAAAACAUUUAAUUUCAUGCCCAGUUUUUUAACCUAGUGUUGGAUAACAUUUUCCCAUUUUCACAAUGAGUCUUCAUAAUUAUUAUAGUAAAUGGCUGUAUAAUGUUCCAUGUGUAGAUGAAUCAUUUCUCCUGUUCUAACAUUUUGCAUAAAUAAAUAACACUGAAGAAUGUUUAUACAUGUUUCCUAUAUAAGUAUUACUGUCCAAUAUAUUGCCAGAAAUGAUUUUUAGCUCACAUUUUAUAGGCUCUUGCACCGAUUGUAAUAUUUAUAAAAAGUAUCAAUUUAUGUUUAUAUUGAAGUGGCUGUUGCUCUGUACCUAACAAUAAAUAUUAUUUAUAGAAACUAAAUAGGAUGUAAGUCAGACCACUUUUUUUCUUACAUUACUACUGAGGAAAAACAUUACUUAAUGAUUAAUAGAUGUAAUCAUUUUAUGAAUUUUUAAGAAAAGUAAUUUUUAAAUUAAUGUAAACAUACCUUUUGACCUAAUUUUGUAUUACUAACCUAUGAAAUUCCUCCUCCAGAAAUUAAUAAAAAAUAAAAAUAUGAUUUAAUGCUGUUUCUUUAGUUUUUCUAAGUUAGAUUUAAAUAAAUUUAAGUUUUUAACCUCAUCUGGCAUUGGUGUGAAGUGAGAAUCUAAAUGUUUUCCUCCAAAUUGAUAAUUGUCUAACUCUAUUAAAUAAUCCUUUAUGUUCUCAUUGCUUUAUGUUUCAUUUUUACAUUUUAAAUGUUUGUUUUAUUCAAAACUUUAUAAAAAUAAUAAUAAUGUUUUUUAAAUGAUUAUUUAACAUGUUUAAUAUAAUUUGCCCUGGUCUCUUAUUGUUUGUUUUCUGAUUGAUUUUUAAGAGCAUUUUAUAGAAUAAUAAAGCUCAUUCUGUACAAAACAAUGUUUUAUAAGUUCUUUUCUUAUUAGCCAAAAUUUUUGAAAUGAUUCUGUUUUCAUACUCCAGAAUUAAAUAGAAUUCAAUGAAGCGGUUUCUCCUUUCUUGAACACAUAAUAUAUGAAACUACUUUAAGAGUUCAGUACUAGAGGCUAUAAGAGAAAAACUACUUUGGUAGAUUUUUGUAGAAUUAGAGAAAUAAAAUUCUAAGAUCAGUAAUUUAGGAUCUGUGCUUAAGGUAUUUUCUUUACUAAAUAUAGUAAUAGACAAGUUGACAUCCUAGGCUUCUAAUAUAUUUAAUGACAAAGUGCUGAUUGGUAGUUCUAGGACUCAAAGUUAUAGAAUCACAUUAUCUUACUUUAGCUGUUAAGACCAGUGUGGUGCAUUUACUGUAAUCUAAUGAAGAGUAAGAGAAUUUCAGAUGACCAUCAGUGAGGACAUCCAUGUCAAGGAGGGCAUUUUUAAUAUUAAAAGUUCUUAUUGUUUAGAAAGGAGUGGUCUUUUUUUCUUUUAUGAAAAAAUUAUUCAAGAUCUUAAAAUAAUCAUUCUGAAAAGAUAUUUGCAUUUACUUACAUUUUAAACUGUGAUGGCUCCAAAGCUGCUAUUUUAACAUUUUCUGCUAUUUACAGAUUAGUGUGAUUGCAUUAAUGUUAGGAAGAAAAAUUAGAUUAAUUUUGAGUGAUAAACCAUAGUAAAUAUUGGGAAAGGUGUGUUUCUUGUGUUUGGGGUCACAUAAAGAGAAUUGCAGGUGAAGGGCUUGAUGUGAUGACAUUUUCUACCUGGGUUCGGGAUGAGGUUUAAAGGGAUUGGAACAUAAUCUAUACAUUUUAUUUCUAUUGGAACUCAGGUACCCCAUAAAGGGAUGAGUUGAUUGGUAAAUUGGCACAGAAAUGGUCUAGGAAAUAGCAGGUGCUAAUUUCUGGCUCUUAUUUAUAUUCUUUACUAGUUUUUUUUUUUUAAAUCAGAAAUUUAAGGAAAACAUCUGCUUUUUCAAAUACAUUUCCCAUUAGUAUGCAGGUUAAUGUAUUUCAUAAGAAAAGUGAAAUAAUGCUCUAUUUGGCUUGGCUGUAUUAUAGAGGGAGAUUCCAAGAUACCUUCCUGUGUGUGGUUUGUGAGAUUUAGCUACUGAUAGCCUUUGAGGAACUUGAAUACUUCUCUACAUUAACUCUCUACUGCACUCCCAAACCUGUA